UGCCACCUGUCAGUGUCCAUCAGUGCCAGCUUCAGUGCCACCUAUCAGUGCUGCCUAUCAGUGCCUAUCAGUGCUGCCUAUCAGAGCCAGCCAGUGUCGCCUAUCAGUGCGCAUCAAUGCCGCCUAUCAGUGCCCGUUAGUGCUGCCUAUCAGUGCCGCCUAACAGUGCCAGUCAGUGCCACCUAACAGUGCCAGUCAGUGCCAGUCAGUGCCGCCUAACAGUGCCACCUAUCAGUUCCGCCUAUCAGUGCCAUAUAUGAGUGCUGCCUUUCAGUGCCCAUCAGUGAUGCCU